CGCUCCCUCCCUUGCUUUAAUCUCGUUGUCACUCGGCUAAACCGCAGUCGACUCGGAGCGGAACGCGCCCAAAACCCGCGUUUCAGUCGCGACGAAACCGCCCACCGCACCGGCAGUGUGGAACGAUGAGCCGCAACCGACGCAGCACCAGCAGCACGUCCGGCGAUUCCGGCAAGGAUCCACAGCUGACCUUCGACCAGCGGCUGCAGGCGAACGCGCGCGAACGCUACCGAACACACAGUGUCAACUCCGCGUUCAACAAUUUGCGCCUGCUGAUACCGACGGAACCGCCCGACCGGAAGCUGUCCAAGAUCGAGACGCUCCGGCUGGCGAAGAGCUACAUCUCGCACCUGAUCGCCGUGCUCGUGACCGGCAACAGCCAGCGGCCCUGUGCCAGCACCAACCAGCGCCCCCAGCCGACGGUGGGCGAGCAGGACGGUACGGGCGCCCAUCCACCACCCACCUACUAUCGCCAAUCAAUCUGCACGUUUUGCGUGACGCUCGACAAGUACUGAAGGAAGCGUCGUUUCGUUUCGUUGGUUGCAAAGUGUUUGUUCGGUUAUUCGACAAGUGCAUAACAAGUGUAAUUUUUUUUUUCUUUCCUAACUUUAUUACUAGUUAGCUUAGCUUUAAGCCAAAACCAAAACGAACGCACACAUGCACACACAUUGCAAUAGUAUUGUAAUGGUUAUAUACGUAAAAUCCUGCUCCACGACGUGCCAAGUCAUUUAAUGCUUAAUCGUGACCAAAGUGUAAAUUUCAGUAUUGUGUGGCUGGGGCGCGGUUCACGCGCGUGUUACUGUG